UGCAUGAGGGGCCACGCAUGAUGACGACGGCGAGUGCGGCUCGGCCCCGAGCAACGACGUUGCCGCGCCGUAGUCCACCUCGGACGAAACCUGAACGUGUUCCUCAAGACUUCAGGUGAUGAUAUACGGUUCUCUGACUCGACUGUCUGAGACUCAGGCGCACACAUACGUGUAAUUACCUACCUAGGUACACACACACACGUGUGUCCAGCUUCCAUCACCACCGCCCCGGCCACGUUUCUUACCGAAACCCUUGAUCAACCCAUCGACCAAGAACCAGGACAAGGCAAAGCCAGUCGUCAAACAAACCCAAAGUUAGGACCAAGAGAGGAAGGCGAGAACAUGCCGAAGCCGGGAUUCCUGAGCACCCCGCUCCCAGACUUGGCCCGGCGACUACUCCGCGAGGGCCCGCUGAAGGUCCUGCCUGCGUCGCCCCGGCGCGUGCGCAUCGUGUUCGGCGGCGGCGGGAAUGUCGUCGUGGCGGACUCCACCAGGGCGGUGAUGGUGUGGGAGCAUCCGUAUUAUCCGAACUGGUAUCUCCCGCUUGGGGACUUUGCGGAGGGUGGCCGGGAGACCAGUACGGAUCGCGUGCUCGUCUUUUUCGUGCCGUCUUCGUCUUCGUCUUCGUCGGCACCCUCCUCGUCCUCCUCCUUGCCACCUCCAGGAGAGCCGUCGUCCUUCGCCGCCACGACGAUCCCGGCGCCAGUGCCGGCCUUGACCGUCUCCCCCGGGCCAGGUGUUCUCGACAGGCUCGUCCGCGUCGAGUUCUCCGCCGCAGAGGCCUGGUUGGAGGAAGACACGCGAGUGUACGUGCACCCAAAGGACCCGUUCAAGCGUGUCGACAUUGUAUGGUCGUCGCGGCCGGUGCGGAUCUUCGUGGGCGGCGGCGGCGGCGGGAGGGAGGUCGCGCAUGCGCAGGGGGGCGCGUGGCAUUUGUACGAGACUGGCUUACCUGUGAGGUUUUACCUUCCUGUUACUGCCGUGCUGGGAAGGAAAAAUCAACCCGCCGGAGGCGGACAAGGAGGAGGAGGGGGAGGAGGAGGAGGGGUGUUGCUGAGGAGCAGCGAGACAACGACCGAGUGCCCGUACAAGGGGGUUGCAAACUACUAUGACCUGGUCUUGUCUCCGGAUCGAGCAUCAGACGAUCAAGUUGGCGAGCAGGAAGACGUCGUGCUCAGGGAUGUCGUCUGGUACUACCGGAACCCCACGGUCGAGUGUGCCGCCAUCGCCGGGGCGUUGUGCUUUUACAAUGAAAAGGUGGAUAUCGAGCUUGAUGGCAAGAUGCUCGAGAGGCCCAAAACACCGUUUUCAUGAGAUAAGGGGUGAGCACGCGCGAGACAGAGAGAGAGAGAGAGAUUGAGAGGGGGGUCAUGGAAGUAUUAAAGUCGUCUUGCUCAAGAGUAGGUUGUCAUCGCAGUGUGUAAAGGCUCUUCGAUCUUGACGUUUACGAGUUGCCGAAAAAACGGAAAUGGCACAUGAGAAAGUCUGCACCAGCAUGGAAGGCAUAGUUACACCUACCAUGACACACCUGCACGAAGAGGGAAUUACUGUCGGUGAAGUAGACAUUACUUAAAGCAGAAACUAGAAGGCAAGCAGCAGUAAUCCAAGUGUCCUCCA